AUGAGGUCCCUUUUUUCUUUCGCAACCUUUGUGGCUGCGGCGCAGGCCCUGUACUUCUACGUCGACGGAGGCACGCCCAAGUGCUUCUACGAAGAGCUCCCCAAGGACACGCUCGUCGUGGGCCACUACUCCGCCGAGGAGUGGGAUGACAGAGCGAACAUGUGGCAGCAGCACCAGGGCAUCAGCAUCUACAUCACGGUCGAGGAAAUCUUCGACAACAACCACCGUGUCGUCUCCCAGCGAGGCACCUCCUCCGGCCGCUUCACCUUCUCCGCCGCCGACGCCGGCGACCACAAGAUCUGCUUCAUGCCCUCCUCUAGCAGCGGCCGCACGGGCUGGCUCUCCAUGUCCAACCCCAACGGCGGCAUCAAGCUGCGUCUCGACAUGGUCAUUGGCGAGACCAGCCAGAUUGAGAGCGACGACAAGGACAAGCUGACCGAUAUCACCACUCGCGUCAAGGACCUCAAUGCUAGGUUAAACGACAUUCGCAGGGAGCAAGUUUUCCAGAGAGAGCGAGAGGCCGAAUUCAGAGAUCAGUCCGAGUCUACCAACGCCCGUGUCAUUCGAUGGAUCGUCAUUCAGCUCGUCAUUCUCGGCGCCACCUGCGCAUGGCAACUUUCUCAUCUGCGUUCCUUCUUCAUUAAGCAGAAGCUUACUUAG